GAUCUUGCUGACUUGCUCGGGUGAUGAGUGAGCCCGAAGACUCGAAUGUAGUAGACCAAACCAGUACUACUGAGGAAAAGUUAGAGUCUCUUAAAGCUUCCUGCGAAUCCUCUCUUUCUCUGGUACACAAGGACAGUCUUCUUACGCUCGUAAAUGCAGUUACACAACCCGAGACAGGUCAAACCCUAGGAGACUCACUCUCUCUUCUCUUCUCUCAUUUCAACUCUUCCUCUGACUCUUCUCAAUCUCUUGCUUUAUGCUCUGCCUUCAUUCUUGGGUGCCUCUCUGCUCUGGGCUGGGAGAAAGGAGAGUUAGUGGACCAGUUAGAAUCUAAAGCUGAUGUGACCUUUUCUUUGGAAACCUCUUAUCCUGAAGUAUGGAGGAGGGCAAAUGAGAUGAAGGAGACGAUCAGAAGAGACGUUUCUUUGAUUGGUACUGGAAUUGAUACGCCACUCCUCGAUUUUUAUGUCAAAUUGAUCUGUUUGUCACUCUAUAAGACGCUCUUACCCUUACCCACUUCGAAUGAGCCAGAGACAUUUUACGAAAUUUUUGACCGCUUAUUGUUGUUUACUUUGUCUGAAAGUGCUAGCAUCAUUCACUCGAUUCUUUGUUAUUUCAACUGCAAUGAGAAAGAGGUAUCUAGGCUAAGCCCAUACUUGAUACCAGGCUUUGAUUUACGUGCAUCAUAUCCCGAGAUAUACUUUAGAUUAAGGGUUGCAAAGUUCUUGUAUCAUUUGGGAGAGGAGCGGUGCAAAUUGGCAAUGAUGACUUUCUCUAGUCUCUACUUGAAUAAUGAAACCAUUGACAGACAUUCUCCACUGGAAUUUGUUGGAUUAAUAUUUGAUCAUGGGCAAGCAGAUGUAGCAAAGCUGAACAAGCUAGCAGAGUCCUUCAAUCAGCCAAACUAUUUUGAUGUAUGUACACAGCAAGAGAAUGGAGGCACAUGCAAAUCUCCUGAUACAGAUUUCUCAUCGUCAGUCACACCCAUUGGAAGCGAUAUUACAACUCAUCGUGAAGCUACACCUAGCUCAUUAAACGAAGUAUCAAAAGCAAGAAUGUCUUUUAUGGUCAGCCGUCAUCAUCCAGAAGAAGGUGACUUGGCAAAGUUAAAUAAAUUUAUUUCAGAUCAUUUUAGUAUUAAUGCUGAAGUUCUUCCUCCUACAAUUGAACAUAGAAAUUCUGCAGUCACAUUAACUCAAAAUGACCAUAAUGUACAUAGUGCUGCCCCUGACACUUCUUCUAUUACUCCUCUUGUUGUUUCUGAGGAAGAUUCUUGUUGCAAGAGACACUGGAAGAAAAUAGCCCUGAUUAUUAUUAUGAUAAUCAUUGCUGUGAUACUCGGAGGUGUUUCUGCUGGAUUUCAUUGGAGUCCACCCUCCCCCCGUAACUCUUCUACAAUGACAAGUGCUAUUAUAUAUGGAAAGAACAGUUAUCCGGUACUCCUUGGUACAUUUGAGAAUACCUGCGUUCACCUCCCUGGUUCUGUAAAUGUUAUGCUUGUUUCAGCUAAUGUUCCUCUUAACACGUCAGUACAUGAAUUAUCUCCUGUCCCGUACUGUCCACCUAGUCCUUAUAUAGUUCAAUGCAAUGAGUACGAGUACAACGGACGAGGUGUUCCGAUAAAUUUAGGCCCUGGCUCAAAGCUGGUCUAUAACAUGAGACUGAAGCGACGUGAACACAUUACAUCACCUAACAGUUCCUCUGCCUCCUCCUCCUCCUAUAAUGAUAAGAAUGAUGAUUGUGUUAGAUUGUAUCUUGGACGUUAUUCUGAGAAGUCGCUAGAUCAUGUACUUAAUCUGACAGGACGCUGUAACCAGGAUGAUAGUAUUGUCGCUCAGUCUCAGUGUCUCAGAUUAGAGCCUAAUGAGUCAGUGAUUAAUAUACUGGUAGUAUUCAAUAUCACUCGUCAAGAUGAUUAUUACGUUGUGUAUGAGACCUCUGGUGUUUAUUCGUUUGGAACAGUGAUCACAGGAUCACAGGUGUUCUAUGAUGUAUCAAGGAGUGAUAGGGUCUGUACUGCUGGCAAUGGUGUGUGCAGUAUUGGCUCUUGUGGUUACUCGUUUUGGGACUUUCGCUCGUGUUCUGAUGCUGUUGAUGGAUAUAAUAAUACAUUUAAUGUAUUGAUACAGUCUGCUAAUGACAGUGACGUUUUAGUUAAUAUUACUAGUGAUGAUAGUGAGUCACCAGGUUAUAGUUGUACUGCUACUGCUUCAUUUAUCGGAGCAAUGGUCAUCAUUGGAUUGUUGUUGAUAGUCAUAUUCUUUUGUAUUUUUGUAUGGUGCUAUAGAAGAGAUGAAAAAGAAACUGUCAGUUAUGGCAGUUAUGGCACCUUUUAAGACCAAUGAACUUACUAGUUAUGUAAAUCAAGUGUUAAAAUUAUAGGUUUUUAACUUUAUUUUCAUAUUAUUGUUUAUUUAAACUGUUCACUAGAAAAAUGCCAAAUUUUACUUCAAAAUGAUAUUUAUGGUCUAUA